AUGAUCGGAGAAGAAGGCCGCUCAUCCACCGGAGAUGAUGAACCUUGGCUCGUUCUUUUCCAUGGCCAGAGCCAAGUCUUCUACUCGACCUCGAAUCCCAAGCAAAUCCACCGUUGUCGGAUUCCGCAGUUCGUCGACAGUCACAUUAUCGGCCACUCACAAUACGGCUGGUUAAUCCUCCGAAGGGAAAUCGACGACACGGCUACAUCCUUCUCCCUGCUGAACCCCGUCACUCUCGAAACAAUCGAGCUCCCCGCACUGAACAACUUGACCGGUGGCACGUUCACGAGAUGCGAGCUUACUUGUCCACCAAGCAACCCCAACUGCAGAGUCGUCAUCGCCAAUAACAAAACCCCGCAACUCGCGCACUGCAAACCGGGCGACGAGACAUGGUCCGUGCAAACUUUCUCCGAAGAGUUCGCUGCGUUGUACCGUCUCGUGAUCUGCAACCAGAGCUUGUACGCCCUCACAGCGAACAGCCAGUUGCUCGAGAUAACAAUGAACAACACCGACGACGACGACGACGACAACAACAACAACAGUCUCGUAGCUAGCUUGCUAGUCGAGAGCUAUCCGCGGGAUUUGAUUCCGCGGUACACCGAGAGAAUGGGAUACUGGAACCUGGUCGAAUCGGGUGGGGAGCUGCUCUGGAUCAUCCUCUGCCAUCGCAAACACAGCAAUUGCGAGCUGGAUUGGGUGCUGGUUCAUAAAUUGGACCGGUCGUCCAUGAGUUGGGUACGAGUUAACACAUUGGAUGGACGAGCAGUCUUCAUUAGUCCCAACGGCUAUUCAUUCCCCGACGGCUAUUCAUUCUCCUGCUCCUGCAACAACAACAACGGGAUCAAACCCAAUUGCAUCUACUUCUUCCUGAGUGAUGAUUACCAGAAAUUAUUCGCUUUCGACGUCGAGAGAGGGCAGGCGUUACAGUGGAAAUAUGCUUCAUCAAGCGACGAUGACCACGACGACGACGAACCACUACUCGAUGUUGCUUUCAUCAAUUAUCCAGCAGGUCACCGAACUACUCCUCGAUUCAGCUUGGCUGGUGUUGAGACUAGUGAAAUAGACCCAGAGAGAGUACAAGUUGAAGUACAUAAUGAAACAAAGAGGGUGGAGAAGGAGAAGAAGAAGGAGAAGGAGAAUGAGGAAGUGGAGGAGGAGGAGGAGGCAUUGAUAUGGAAGCUUCCUCGGGAGAUUUUCACCAACAUAGCAAAGAAAUUGAUCGACUGUAGAAGCUUCCGAACUUGUUGCAGGAAGCUUAAAUCAGCCAUACCUCUCCCGCCACCACUGUAUCCGUGGUUCUUCUACUUCAAGCAGUACAAGGGGGACCUCAAUUUCCAGGACUUGGUGUAA